UUGAGCUUAUAUAGAAUUGCUUGUGUCCUUUUAUACCGCAUCGUCACGUCCUCUCUUUCCAUCAUUCCCUCUCGCCACUCCACAGGGAAUCAUGUCAAGGUCGCAGCACGACGUCGGUCCUAACGUCAUGGAUGCCUCGCACGACGCCGAGAAGGGUCGUCCAGAGAGUCGUGACUUCAACGAGAAAGAAUUUCUUUCCCGUCAAUCCGCAGAGGCUGCCCAGCGCAGCACAGUAAGAUCUGUAUGCCUCGUUAUGACUUGCACCGCUGCUAUGGUAGUAAACAUUUCGAAUUCAACAGCUGUAUCUAUAUCUUUACCAACUAUCGGGCGGGACCUUGGCAUAGAAGAAUACAAGCUACAGUGGCUAAUAUCCGCUUAUUCUCUUAGUUCUGGCUGUCUCCUUUUGUUCUUCGGGCGUCUCGCAGACUUGUACGGCCGAAAGAAAGCAUUCACUUUGGGUACCUUGUGUCAAAUGGCAUUCUCUCUUGGUUGUGGAUUUGUACAAGAUGGUAUAACGCUCGAUGUUCUUCGAGGCUUCCAGGGUCUCGGAGCGGCUGCUACAAUACCUUCGGCGCUCGGAAUAUUGGCCCACGCGUUUCCUCCAUCGAAAGCUCGAUCCAUAGCUUUUGCUACCUUUGCUGCUGGUGCGCCUGUUGGUGGCGCUUUUGGUACUAUUAUAGGCGGUGUGCUUACCCAACUCACCUCGGAGACGUGGCGUUCAACUUUCUUCCUGGCUUCCGGAUUGAGUGCUUUGUGUUGCAUAGGCGGCAUAUUCUCCUUUGAUGCCGAUAAGCCUUCCAUGGAGGCAGAUCGGCGAGUUGAUUGGAUAGGGGCUGGUCUCGUAACUGUAGGUUUGGUAUUGAUUGUGUUUGUCCUAAGUGAAGGCGACAUUGCUCCGGAUGGCUGGAAAACUCCUUAUAUCAUUGCCUUGCUCAUUAUUGGUGUUAUCUUCAUCGGGGUGUUCCUCGCAUGGGAACAUCAUUUGGAGAAUGUCAUGAACGAUCCUAACAGAGUGAAAUCUAUUUGGUCGCCACCUCCUUUGAUGAAACUCUCUAUAUGGGGUCGGGCCAACGGCAGAAUGGCAGUUAUUCUUGUCAUAGCAUUCCUUAACUGGAGUGGUUUCAUGAGUUGGAGUUUCUGGGUGCAGUUGUAUUAUCAGAAUUACCUCCAGCUUACACCAGUCCGCACCAUGGUCCGUUUUAUCCCUAUGUUUGUCACGGGUUGUCUCUGCAACUUUUUUGUGGCGGUCCUCGUUGGACGGCUUCCUAUGGUCAUAUUUGCUGUCAGUGGCACGUUACUUACAGCGUCUGCCGGAAUCCUAUUCGCGGUGAUCAACCCUUCAGUAACAUAUUGGGCAUUCGGGUUUCCGUCGACUGUAUUCUCAGUGUUCGGCGCCGAUUUCGUUUUCUCAUCCGGGACAAUAUUCAUUGCAAAGAUUGCGAUGGGCCAUGAGCAGAGUGUUGCGGGAGCGUUGUUCCAGACUAUGACACAACUUGGCACCGCGUUUGGUCUGACAAUCUCGACCAUUGUGUUCAACAGUACCGUCAACAAGGAGUCUCUUGCGCUUGGCGUUGUUCCAAAUAUUGACGGCACAAAUACACCGCAGGCUGCCCAACUGAAAGGUUAUCGCUCUGCACAGUGGACCGCUUGCUCAUUCUGCCUCUUCGCUGCAUUACUCGCAGCUGUCUUCCUUCGUGGCGUUGGCGUCGUCGGCCACAAGAAAAAGGGAGCUGAUCAUGAUAGCGAGAAGACUGUUAUGGAUCAAGCACCACAAGGCUCCAGUGUUAGAGCCAGUCCCGCCCCGGAGGCAUAAAAUCUUGUUUCUAAUCCAUGACUUUUUAUCUCAUCACGCCAAUCCAUACGAAAUAUGGACGAACGGAGUGAUAAUUGUUUUUACACAUACUUAAUUAACUGCCCUCAUAGGACACACUUACGUGCUUACAUGUCAUGACUGGACGCGUUUUCAUGGUUAGCAUAUCUUUCUUGCAAUCAUGACUACGUGGUCGCUUAUAUAUAGAGCUUCGUUUGGAUGGUUUUUUGGUGUUUAAAGUGGAAUGUGUUCUUUUCUUCUUUCAAAGAUCGCUAACGUAUAUAUUCUUUCCCCAUCUUCCAUUGCGCACCUUCUCCCGAUCACCACAGCAUCCAUCCUACUUUACAUUACUUUAUGCAACUUGAUGGUUGUUUCUUUUUCUGUAGCCUUUUGAGCAUUGUUUUCUUGCACGCAACUUAGAUAGGCAUUCAACAUGGUUUGAAUACAUAUGACAAUCUGUUUCAAGGGUACUUAGUUAUCAUUUUACGAAGAAAAGCUGGAAAAGACGAAAUAUUAAUUCGUUCUGGGUUUAUAUUCAGUGACGUGACAUGUCUGUAAUCAUGUGACGGAACUAGUCACG